AAGAAUGGUGGGAUAUGCACCACCCUAUUUUAUGGAAAAGCUGAAGAAGAUCCUGAAGAAUGGAUUAGAGAUUUUAGGCAAUAUUGUGAAGUAUCUGGACUUGAUCCACUUGCAGAUGCUCGAACCAGAGUAAGAAUUCACGGACUUUUUGAGACUUGUUUAAAAGGUAAUGCAAAAGAUUG